AUGCCAGAUAUGGAUUUACUUUAUCAAGCAAUAAGUUUAUUUCGUCGUCGUCAAUUUGAGCCAUGUGUUGAAGUAACAACUCGUUUACUUAUAAAAAAUCCAAAUGAUCAAGUCGCAUGGUUACUUAAAAUGCGUGCAUUAACUGAACAAUUAUAUGUUGAUGAAACUGAAGUAGCUGAUGAAGGUCUUGCUGAUAUGUUAGAUGAAAAUGCAUUUCAACAAGCACCUAUGCCUGGCACAUCAAUGCGACAACCAACAGCUAAUCCAAAUAGUGGAAUGAAUGGACCAAGUCCAGCAAUGAGACCAAUGACUAUGUCUGGUCGACCAAUAACGGGUAUGGUUCGUUUAAAUACUCAAUCAACACAAAGUGGUAAAAGUAUGGAAAAUAUAUUAAAAACUGCUCGUACAGCAGCUACAGCACGACCAGUAACAACAGCUACUGGUCGUGCUGUUCGACUAGGAACAUGA